AGCUCUUCUACAGGCCAGCCCAUGGACGCAGAAGCGGGAGUCGACUGUUCCGAGGAAAUUCAAGCCCAAGUAUUGCAGACCACGCUCGCCGAGAUCAAGACAUCUCGACGAGACCCCCCCGGGUCGAGCGAACCCCACGAAUGCUGCGUCAUCUGUCUCGACUCCAUUGCAGACACGGCCGCUGCCUUUCCUUGCGGCCAUUCCCACUUUGACUUCCUCUGCCUCGUGAGUUGGCUGCAGGAACACCCAAACUGCCCGCUAUGCAAAGCCAACGUUUACAAAGUCCGCUAUGCCGACCCCCAGAAAGGCGAGGCCAUCUACCGCGUGCCCAACGCCCCCAGACCCCGCCACAGCACGGCAAGGGAUGAACGGGGAGCGGUGCAGAACAGACAGACACCCCUAGACCGUGCAUCACGAAGGAGAUUCUCAUCCCAGAACGGACUGCUCCGAGGAACAGGCAGGAGAUGCCCGCCGCCACCUCCUACUCCAGACGAAGCGAUCCAACGCCGCCGCCACAUCUACCGGCAUCAGCUUUAUUCCCUCCACAUAGGCUCAAACCGCAUCUCCCAAUACCGCCCGCCGCCAACUCCCGUCCAAUUCGCGUCCACCCCGCACCUCGUCUCCCGCGCUCGCCUCUGGAUCCGCCGCGAGCUGCAAGUCUUUUCCUUCCUCUGCGACCCCGAACCCAUCACCACUACAGAGAAACAACAACAACAAGACCAAGAAGAAGACCAGGAACAACGCAGCAAUGUUAUGAUGCGCCGCCGCCGCCGCCGCAACAACGCAGAGUUCCUCCUCGAAUAUAUCGUCGCCAUCCUCAAGACAGUCGACCUUCAGGGCAGCGCGGGUCAGGCCGAGGCGAUGCUGACCGAUUUCCUGGGCCACGAGCACGCUCGCCUGUUCCUGCACGAGUUGCGCUGCUGGCUGCGGAGUCCUGCGCCGUCGCUCGCGGCGUGGGAUCGCGAGGUGCAGUACCCCGAUUCUUCGGAGCCCGAGCCUGUCGAGAUUCCUGAUCCGGUUUUGAGUGCUGGUGCGAGGAGGAGGAGGAAUUCUCGUGCUGGUGCUAGUAGCGGGGUGUUUCCGGAUGAGGAACGGGAACUUGGGGAGGAGGAAGAGGAUGAUGGGAGGAGAAAGUCGCGGCGGGAUUGGGGCGGUGGAGAUCACUGGCGGCCAAGAGGACGGCCGUUGAAUGUGUGAGGAGCAAAAGGAAGCGGAGAAGGAGUGGUGGCGUAGGAGACGGGAGGCUGAGCAGCAAGGUGAGGAAGGACGUACAGGUGCAGAGAUGAAGGAAAAAAAGGAAGACCAUUGAUGUGGAUUCCUGAAGUGACCUUCCUUCAGCCAUGUGCCGAGUCUGAGGGAUGCCCGUUCCCGUUCAACUCGAUACUCAUGUCAGCGACUUGCUAUGUACCCUAGACUUAAG